GGAGUCGCCUCCAUCUGCUGCGACGGGGAGGAAAGAGAAAUGCAGGCGCCAAGGCAAAGCGAGAGCUGAGUGCCCGGGAUCGGACUGCAAAGGGCGCUGCCUCCUGCACCCGGCCCCCCUUGGCCGCGCUGCUGCUCAAAGUGCCAGAAAGUGGGGAGAAGUGACUGCCCGCCGCCUGCCGGGCGAGUGACACGCAGCACAGUUUCAGUAGGAGGAGGGCAGGGCGGGGACCUCCUUCCAGCGCGGGAGGAGGCUCAGCCCGUACUUUGUGGGGUGUGUGGCAUUGCACCCCUCUGAUUUGCAAGCCUUCCCUCCACCCGCCGCCCUUCCCUGCCCCAGCAGCUGGAGAAGGCUGCUCCCCGCCGGGGUAUGUGUGGGCAGCUGCAGGAUGGCCUCGGCCGUGUUUGAGGGCACCUCGCUGGUGAACAUGUACGUGAGGGGCUGCUGGGUGAACGGCAUCCGGAGACUCAUCAUCAGCCGGCAGGGGGACGAGGAGGAGUUUUACGAGAUCCGCACCGAAUGGUCGGACAGGAACGUGCUCUACUUGCACCGGAGUUACUCGGACCUGGGCCGCCUCUUCAAGCGGCUGCUGGACUCCUUCCCGGAGGAUCGCCCGGAGCUGUCACAGUCCCCCCUGCUCCAAGGACUAAUCACAAUCAAAGAGGCCCGUGAUAUAGAAUCCAGGCUUAAUGAAGUGGAGAAGCUUCUGAAGAUUAUUAUAAAUAUGCCUUGGAAAUAUUCUAGAUCUGAAGUUGUCCUUACCUUCUUUGAAAGAUCUCCGUUGGAUCAAGUGUUAAAAAAUGACAAUGUCCAUAAAAUUCAACCAAGCUUUCAAAGUCCGGUUAAAAUAUCAGAAAUCAUGCGAUCAAAUGGAUUUUGUUUAGCAAACACAGAAACAAUAGUUAUUGACCACAGUAUACCAAAUGGAAAAGACAAGCACCUGGAUGUAGAUUCAGCAGAGCACUUGUUUGAAACAGUUAGUGAGUUUACUUCGGAGCUAGAAGACACUGAUGAUCCAGCAGCCUAUGUCACCAACUUGACAUAUUACCACCUGGUCCCAUUUGAGACAGAUAUUUUGGACUGAGGCUAUCCAGGGACCCUGUCAGCUAGCAUACAAGAGAUUUCUUCACUGCAUUUCAUUGCAUUCCUCUUCUGCAAAUAAAGUUGUGUGAUUAAAAACAGCAGAGAAAUUGCUGCAGAUAUUCAGUGAUGCAGCUAAGCCCUUCAUUGUGAUUCAAGAAGGUACCUUAUAAGGAAGAAGCUGCUUCAACAAACUCUUUUUUCCCCCCUGAAAGAAAUGGAGUAAGAUCUUAGGGCAACUUGGAUCCAAGGAAAUCAUUCUGGUGAAGGCCAUGGCAACCACUACACUGACAAAACCAUAAGCGAUCAUGCUGUCGUUUGGCACCAGUAGCCACUGGAGUACAGUGCAACUUGUACAAAAUACUAUUCUUAUUAGGCAGCUUCCUGUCGUAAAAAACAUCACAAAGAAUCCUCAGAUAUACUGAGUACACUUCCACUCCACCUUUAUUGGAAGACCACCUCUGUUAAGCAACCAUUUGUCAGUCCCUUAUGUGUUCGCAUAUGGCAGGUCUCUCAGCUUGCUGUCUGUUUAGCUGUGGGAUGACAGGUGCCUUACAGAAAAUGCUACAAAUACCAGCGUGCCUACAGAAAUCUGAUUAUUUUACCUCUCUUAAUCCUCGAGGUUUUGCUCAAUCAUUGGAAAGCUGACUUCUUUGCUUUGCUUUUCUGAAACAGGGGAACAAAAUGGCAUUGUAAAGGAAAGCUGGUCAUGUUUAGGUACCUUGAAUUACUUCAGAGUUCUGGAAAGCCAAUAGGAGGGGAUAACCUACUGUGCUAAAAAUGGUCAGUGCACACUAGGCACUUGGAUAUGAUAUUUCUCUUGGACCAGGAAAUAUGAACAGUGCUUGCAGUUGUUUACAGAAGAUGGAUCAUUUACCUUUAUAUAUUAUUUUCCAGAGAAUGGGGGGAUUUAAGCCCUGUGGAGACUGAGAAAUAAAGAUAAACUGCAGCUUAUCUUAGGAUGACAAGAAAAAAGAAACCACCCCAGCUCAGUCUGCUUAGCCCUCCCUCAUAGACCUGAUAGGCCUGAUCCUGAUCUUGGCUACAUUAGUUUCAUAGCAAUUAAAUUCUAUUCACCUCAGUGGAGUUAUGCCAGUAUAAAAGAGAGGAGAAUCAGACCCCACAGACUCUUUCCUACUGAGUAGUGCAACGCUGAUCUCUCUCUGAGCUCAGUCUUCUAGGCUGUGGAGCACCCUGGACUCCCAAUAUGAACUGAAGCUCAACACCUUGCAUGAUCAGCCCCUGACCUUUCAUCGAGUGUUUAAUACAGUAAUGGCCAGAAUUCAUUUCAAGAGAUAUGAACUGGGAAGAGUACAUUUUGAGCUGGUUAUCUCUAUAAGGGCUUUGCCUUGGUCAUGAAGGACUUGGCACAGCUCCUCUCCUUCUGUAUACUCUUCAGUGCUAUGUGUAUAAUAACAGUAAACAGAAUUUGCUAAUGUAUAUAAUAAAUUAUUGAGAAUCCUAA